GAUUAAUUAGCUUCGAUCCCAAACUCCAUUCAAGCAUGGCUUCAGCCAUUGCCUCCUCCAUCUUCCUUUGCCUCCUUCUUCUUCUUCUUCCUCACCUCGGCUAUUCAUACCACACCAGCCGCUACACUCGAGGGUCCACGCAUUUCGUCGUUCGCCGCUCCGAUGACCUUCCACGGGCCUCGGCGCCGCCGGUGUCCUGCUCGCCUAUCCCUUCCGGUGCGAGUAAUGGCAAGAAGCUACCUGUGCUGCACCGGCUGAAUCCAUGCUCCCCUCUCAAUGCCGGAGGGAAGCAGAGCACCACGUCGUCGGUGGACGUCUCCCACCGCGCCGGCCGCCGUCUCCGCUCCCUGUUCGCCGCCGUCCAGUCCGGCGACGACGCAGCGCCAGCCCCUGCGCCUGCUGCUGCAUCGGGCGGCGUCACCAUCCCCACCACCGGCACCCCCGAGCCCGGUGCGCCCGGCUUCCACGACUACACCGUCGUCGUCGGCUACGGCACGCCGGCGCAGCAGCUCGCCAUGGCGUUCGACACCGGCCUCGGCAUCUCCCUGGUGCGGUGCGCGGCGUGCCGCCCCGGGGCGCCCUGCGACGGCCUGGCGUCGUUCGACCCCUCCCGGUCGUCGACGUUCGCCCCCGUGCCGUGCGGCUCGCCGGACUGCCGGAGCGGCUGCUCGUCAGGGUCGACGCCGUCGUGUCCCCUCACGUCAUUCCCGUUCUUGUCCGGCGCCGUGGCUCAGGACGUGCUCACGCUCACGCCGUCGGCGAGCGUCGACGACUUCACGUUCGGCUGCGUCGAGGGCUCCAGCGGCGAGCCCUUGGGCGCCGCCGGGCUGCUCGACCUCAGCCGGGACAGCCGGUCGGUGGCAUCACGGCUCGCCGCCGACGCCGGUGGCACAUUCUCCUACUGCCUGCCGCUCUCCACGACCUCCUCCCACGGCUUCCUCGCCAUUGGCGAAGCCGACGUGCCCCACAACCGCACUGCUCGCGUGACGGCGGUGGCGCCGCUGGUGUACGACCCAGCCUUCCCUAACCAUUACGUCAUUGACCUCGCCGGCGUGAGCCUCGGCGGCCGCGACAUCCCGAUCCCGCCCCACGCCGCCACCGCGUCCGCCGCCAUGGUCCUCGACACGGCGCUGCCAUACACCUACAUGAAGCCGUCCAUGUACGCGCCCCUCCGCGACGCGUUCCGGCGCGCCAUGGCGCGGUACCCGCGUGCGCCGGCGAUGGGCGACCUGGACACGUGCUACAACUUCACCGGGGUGCGGCACGAGGUGCUGAUACCGCUCGUCCACCUCACGUUCCGCGGGAUCGGCGGCGGCGGCGGCGGCCAGGUCCUGGGUCUCGGCGCGGACCAGAUGUUCUACAUGUCGGAGCCCGGCAACUUCUUCUCGGUGACGUGCCUGGCGUUCGCGGCGCUGCCGUCCGACGGCGACGCGGAGGCGCCGUUGGCGAUGGUGAUGGGGACGCUGGCGCAGUCGUCGAUGGAGGUGGUGCACGACGUGCCGGGAGGGAAGAUCGGGUUCAUUCCGGGGAGCUGCUGAUCGAUUUGGUGAUCGAUCGAUGGAUUCAUACUUCAGUUUCGUCGCGAUUUCUUUGAUGUAUUGCUGUCUUCGUUCAUGCACGCGUACGUGCGCACCCAUAUAUGCGCGUGCACAAUAAGGCUCGAUCGAUAACGAAUAGAGCCAUCGUUCUCAUUUUGCUUUGAUUUCCUUGCAAGUUUGAUAUUGUAGCAUUAUUCUCCGAAGUUAACAGUUUCGACAACGGACAUUGUUUAUUUAGUGCAUCGAGGGCUUGUUUUUGGAUUGAAGCAGAUUUUGCCCUAUGAAAAUUUUGACAACUUCAACACUA